AUGGCUGUUGAUCCGAGGCAGGUACUGGCCGGCGUGUUGACGAUGACGAUGUUCGUGAUGCUCGGGAACAUGAUUAAGCGCGACCACUUCGAUUCUGCCCACCCAGCUGUUCACGACACGAAUAAGGCUUCGAAGAACGGUCUUGUUAGUUUCGCGGAAGGGGCAGAUGAGUCUCGGAAAGAAGAUGGCUUAGCCUUAAAAUCAUGCUGGCAAAAGCCAGUCUUGGAGGAAACCGAGGAAUCGCAAGGUUUUGUCACAUUCUCAUUAACGAAUGGUCCAGAGUAUCAUGUCUCUCAGAUUUCUGAUGCAAUAGUGGUUGCAAGAUAUCUACGUGCAACACUUGUAAUCCCGGACAUCAGAGGAAGCAAUCCCGGAGAGAAAAGUAACUUUGAGGACGUAUAUGAUGUUGAGAAAUUCAUAUCGAGCCUAGAAGGUGUGGUCAAAGUCGUCAAAUCGCAGCCUGUUGAGUUAUCAGCUCGUAACCUUGCAGUAGUUAAGGUCCCUAACCGGGUUACCGAAAGACACAUAGCGGAAAAAAUCGAGCCAAUUUUCAGGACCAAAGGGAACGUGAGGCUCGUCACUUACUUUCCGUCUGUCAACAUGAAAAAGAAUAAAGAAAAGAGCAACUCGGAUGACCUUGCAUGCUUGGCAACGUUCGGGACCUUAGAACCUCAAGUGGAGGUUCGUGAAGUCAUUGACUCAAUUAUCGACCGCCUGAAAACCGUCAGUCGGAAGUCAAACGGGCAGUUUGUGGCCAUUGACUUGAGGGUUGACAUAUUGGAGAAAAAGGGGUGUCAUAAAAGCGAGGGCUUGGGAUCUAAAAGCUGUUAUGGUCCACAAGAGAUUGGUCUUUUCUUGAAGAAGAUUGGGUUCGAGAAGGACACUACUGUGUACGUGACGCAAACAAAAUGGCACAGUAGUCUCGACGCUCUAAAGGACUUCUUCCCGAAAACGUAUACCAAGGACUCUAUAAUGCCCAUGGAGAAAAAGGACAAGUUUCUAAACUCAGAUACUUCAGAGUUUGAGAAGGUGAUCGACUACUACAUUUGCUCCGAGAGUGAUGUUUAUGUUCCGGCCAUAUCCGGUCUGUUUUACGCCAAUGUUGCUGGAAGAAGAAUAGCUAAUGGGCGGACUCAUAUUCUUGUUCCGGAAAAUGUCCCAACUUCUUCUGCCGAUCCUAAGGAUUUCGUAUCUCAUUACGUUACGAAAAAGAACCACUUUGCAUAUUCGUGUUUUUGCUAG